UUUAUAAUCCACUUGUAACGGCGGCUUGCAUUAGAGACAUCGUAAUGAUUUUUGGUCUUUUAAAUGCAUUAGGCGACUUCAAUUUAACGAUGGAGUGUGUUUCGCCUUUAAUAUUCGCUAUCUUUUGUGCUGCAAUAUGCCUUGACUCAAUAAAUUUUAGUAAAAAGUUGUCGGUUUUGAUAGAAAAAAUAGAGAAAGAUUGGACAACCUGGUCGACAGAAUCAGAAAUUGAAAUUUUGAAAAAACACGCAAGAGAUGGAAAAAAUUUCAGAAUGAUUUAUUAUGGUAAUAAAAGUUUAAAUUCAAAUACAAUAUACAAGCUUUAUGUGCCUUCAAUAUUAAUUUAA